AUGGAUGAUCCAACAUCGCAAAUCACGGAUGACCACUCCACCGGCGUCGGUGGCCUCCCCGCUCAACUGGACCAGCUCAAAGCUGCCGCGACGCAGCAAUACUCUCUCAAAAACUACCCGGCGGCUGCAGAGCUCUACUCCCGCGGAGUGGAAUUGCAAGAUGAGAUCAAUGGCGAAAUGUCUCCGGAAAACGCAAAUCUUCUUUACCAAUAUGGCCGGUGUUUGUACCAUGUCGCUGUGCAGGCCAGCGAUGUUCUUGGUGGAAAAGUCGCGGAGAGCAAACCGAAACCCAAGAAGAAGAAGCGUAAGACACAGGACGCUGGGGAGGGAAGUAGCAAGAGCGUGAUCGGGGAUGCCAUUGCAAGUGGUGAGCAGAAGCUGGCUGAGGAUGUGGUUGAGGCUGCUACGGAGGAGAAGGACAGCAUGAGGAAGGAAGAAGAACCAACGACRGGAUCGAAUCCCUACUUCCAAAUCACGGGCGAUGAGAACUUCACAGACUCGGAGGAUGAAGACGAGGAUGGUGGUGAGGAUGGUGGUGAGGGAGAAGAGKAAGAAGACGACGAUUUUCAGACCGCGUAUGAGAUCCUUGACAUGGCUCGCGUCCUGCUGGCCAGGAAAAUUGAAGCACUCGAGUCCUCUAACAAACAGUCCCCGGAGCUACGUCUCUUAAGGGAGAGAUUGGCAGACACACAUGACCUCCAAGCAGAAAUCUCACUCGAAAACGAACGAUUUACAGAUGCCAUUUCCGAUACGAAGGAAUCGUUGAAGUACAAGCUCGAGCUCUACCCACAGGAAAGCAGUCUCGUUGCCGAAGCACACUACAAACUCAGCUUGGCGCUCGAGUUUGCCAGCGUGACAAGCACGACGGAAGGAAAGGACGGGUCCGCUAGCGUUUCUGAAAUAAAUGAGGAGAUGCGCAGCGAAGCAGCGGCGGAAAUGGAAAAGGCGAUUGCAUCAUGUAAAGCGCGCAUCACACUGGAAGAGAAGUCCCUGGAUACAUUGGAAGGAGACAAGAAGAAGGACCAAGAAGCAAGCAUUGCGGACGUAAAGGAAAUGGUUGGCGACAUGGAGCAACGUCUCCAAGAUCUCCGCAAACCUGCAGCCAGUUUGAGCGCUAUGCAGGGCGACAACGGGGAUGCGGUUAUGCAGGGUGUACUAGGCGCGAUGUUGGGAGAAAGCAAAGGAGAGGCGGAGAAGAGGUUGAAGGAGGCUACGGCGCAGGCCAAUGAUUUGUCGGGUCUGGUGAAGAAGAAGAAGGUCAAGGCUGAGCCUGUUGUUGAGGGCAAGGGAAAGCGAAAGGCCGACGAUGUGGUACAAGAGGAAAGCGUCAGCAAUGGGAAGAAGACCAAGGUUGAGGAUGCCUGA